AGCAAAAAAAAAAAGGUGGGUCCUACUUUCGUGUCAUCUCUCUCUCUCUAUCUCUGUCCUUUACUUUCCUUCCCGCGUCCAUAUCCAAAAGCCCUCUCCUUUUUCCUAUUCUGUUCAUCGAAUUUCCUGCUUUCUUCCUUUAUCUCUUUGGGUUUUUCUUGAGAAGGAGCUAUGAUUCGGCUGUUUAAAGUAAAGGAAAAGCAGAAAGAACUUGCUGAAAAUGCAAACGGUGGAGUACCUAUCAAAAAGCAAACUGCGGGCGAGUUGCGUUUACACAAAGAUAUUUCUGAGCUGAACCUACCUAAAUCUUGUGCCAUAUUAUUUCCUAAUGGAAAGGAUGACCUGAUGAACUUUGAGGUUUCAAUUCGACCUGAUGAAGGAUAUUAUUUUGGUGGAACAUUUUUGUUCUCCUUCCAAGUUUCUCCCAUCUAUCCACAUGAGGCACCAAAAGUUAAGUGCAAGACCAAGGUCUACCAUCCAAAUAUUGACUUGGAGGGAAAUGUUUGCCUUAACAUCUUACGUGAAGACUGGAAACCUGUGCUUAAUAUAAACACCAUAAUUUAUGGAUUAUAUCAUCUGUUCACGGAACCAAAUUAUGAGGAUCCCCUCAAUCAUGAUGCUGCUGCAGUGUUGAGGGAUAACCCAAAGAUGUUUGAAUCUAACGUGAGGAGGGCUAUGGCUGGUGGGUAUGUCGGGCAAACCUUUUUCCCACGGUGUAUCUAGCUUUUGCUCUGUAGCGAAAGUGCUAAUGCACAUAUGUUAUCAACACUUGAGUUUCAAUGGGCUGUAUAAUUUAUCUGCAAAUUACCUUUUGUCAUCCCUUUUGAUUCUCUUGGUGGUGCUCAGGGAAUUAACUCCUAAAAGACCAACCUGCUAAAAUUGCAACUGUGUUUUAUUGUAGCUUUUCUGAUGCUAUUUGUGUUGCUGUGCCAUA